AUGACAAAAUCUCCAAACUUUCUCAUUAUUGUUGCAGAUGACUUGGGUUGGUCAGAUGUUGGAGCGUUUGGAUCAGAAAUCAACACACCCAAUUUAGACGCCUUGGCCAAGGAGGGCCUUCGCUUUACUGACUUUCAUACAGCAUCAGCUUGUUCACCGACAAGGUCUAUGCUCUUGUCUGGAACCGACAACCAUCUUGCCGGUCUGGGUCAAAUGGCAGAGUUUGCAUCACGGAUCCAUCAAUGGGAUGGCUAUCCUGGAUACGAAGGCUAUUUGAACUGGCGGGUAGCAGCUUUGCCUGAGAUUUUGAAGGAAAAAUAUGAUACCAUAAUUUCCGGAAAAUGGCACUUGGGAUUAACCAAAGAAACUUCUCCUUCAGCUCGUGGAUUUGAAAAAGUAUUUUCCUUACUCCCUGGUGCUGGCCAUCAUUUUAAAGAUUACAAACCUUCAGAUGAAAAUUACAAAGAGAGUUCAGAUGAACUAAAGAAAUUACUUCCCCCUCUCUAUAUGUCUGGAAGCGAAUUCGUCGACGCAGAUAAAGAGCUCCCUGAAGAUUUCUAUUCUUCAGAUUAUUUCGCUUCCAAGCUCAUAAAUUAUCUUGAUGAACAUUAUAGAAAAGACAAAGAUAAACCUUUCUUUGCGUACCUUCCAUUUACCGCUCCUCACUGGCCUCUACAAGCACCUCGUCAUCUCAUCGAAAAGUACAAAGGGAAAUAUAAUAAAGGCCCAGAUGCUUUGCGGUUAUCCAGGCUAGCAAAGCAGGAGACGCUUGGAGUCUAUAACAGCACAACAGACGGUCCUCCAGCAGAAGUAUCUACCGAUGAAGAAAAACAGUGGUCAGAUAUGAGUGAAGAAGAACAAAAAACUAGUUCAAGGACGAUGGAAGUUUACGCAGCAAUGGUCGAACAACUCGAUCGGAAUGUUGGAAACGUGAUUCAAUAUUUAAAGGAAAAAGGAGAAUACGACAACACAUUUGUUUUGUUUAUGUCGGACAAUGGUGCUGAAGGUGCUAUUCUUGAGAAUAAACUUUUAAAUGGAGAGAAAGUUUCUGACCUCAUUCGUCAAAGAUAUAAUAACACAUUUGAUAAUCUAGGAAAUAGAAACUCAUUCGUAUGGUACGGCCCAAGAUGGGCGUUGGCUGCCACGGCUCCUUCAAAAGAUAGCAAAUUUUACAUUUCAGAAGGUGGAAUCCGUUGUCCACUUAUUGUUCGAUUCCCUCCAAUCAUUAAGAACCCAGGAGGCAUCUCGCAUGACUUUACUACAGUUAUGGAUAUCACUCCAACUGUCCUUGAGCUAGCGGGCAUUCGACACCCAUAUCCUCGAUACAAUGAAAGGGAUGUUUUACCAUUGAGAGGGAAAUCUUGGGUAAAUCAUCUUGCUAACGGGGAACCUGUCUAUGAUGAAGAAGUAGACUUUACUGGAUGGGAAUUAUUUGGCCAGCGCGCAGUAAGACGUGGACCUUGGAAGGCCAUUUACGUUCCCAAAUCAAACGCCUUUUCUGUUGUAACUCAAAAGUAUAAGAGCGGGCGAGGUGGUGAUUCGAAAUGGAGGCUUUACAACGUAAAAGAAGAUUGUGCUGAAUCCAAGGACCUUUCUGAGGAGAGGCCAGAUAUACUCCGUGAUCUGGUCAAUUAUUGGACUUUGUAUGUCAGCGAGACAGGCUUAGUUCCUGUCGUUGAAGAUUAA